AUGCUGCGAGAUAAAUUCAUCGAAGGAUUAAAGUGGCUAGGCAGAGAGCGCUUGACGUUUGAUCUUGGAGUAGAUGCCAGACAGGGUGGGCUUGGACAGCUGAGAGAGGCCGUGCAGAUGAUGGGAGCCAUCUACAGGACUGGGAAAGACGGCUUGGUUAUUGUGAUUAACCAUCUCUGCAAGCCGAAUCUGCGUCUCCCAUAUACGUCGUCCGAGUCCAUCACCAGUCAUCCGGAUUUCGUGGAGUGGAAGUCUCUCAUAGCAGCCAUGGCUCAGUACCCUACUACCUACAUGAAGUUGUCUGGUGGAUUCUCUGAGCUUCCACCACUAUCAACCGACACAGAACCAGAUAUCCAGUUGCUGGUGGAAAGACUGCGUCCGUGGACUGAUGUUGUCUUUGGCACCUUCGGCCCUGACAGGGUGAUGUUCGGAUCUGACUGGCCUGUUUGCAAUAUUGGCGGAGGAGGAAAUGGGGUCUCCUGGAACCGCUGGCAAGCCGUCGUCGAGGGUGUUCUGAAUACGAGGGGAUUAAACGGGGAACAAAAGGAUGAGAUCUGGGGUAAGGUUGCUCUAAAGGCGUACGGGAUUGAAGUGUAG